GGGCCAACAAUGGAGCAAGCUAAAAGAGAAAUUGAUGAGUCUCUGAAGCUCAGCGCGUUUUGUAUGCGCCGUAUUGGGCUAUCAUUUGAGAAACACAAAAACGCGUCGGCGCAUUUAAGACAACAGCUAAUGUUCGCGUUAUCCGUCUGCAGUAUUUGCUAUCACGUUUUCAGUGAAAUUAUGUACAUAGGCCUCACACUAGCGAAUUCGCCGCGAGUAGAGGAUGUUGUUCCACUUUUCCAUACUUUUGGAUACGGCGCUCUCAGCAUUGCAAAGGUGUUUGCCCUGUGGUACAAGAAGGACGUGUUCAGUCAACUCUUGCGCGAACUGGUGGGCAUUUGGCCGACGCCACCCCUUGAAGACGAGGCUCAAGCGAUUAAAGACAAAAGCCUAGACGCGUUACGCAUUACACAUAAAUGGUAUUUCGCCGUGAACGUGCUAGGAGUGUGGUUCUACAAUGUUACACCUAUAGCAGUGUACUUCUACCGGUUAUGGCAGGAUGGAGACGCGCAAGUCGGCUACGUAUGGGUGUCUUGGUACCCAUUCGAUAAACAUCAAACGAUAGCGCACGUCGCUGUUUACAUCUUUGAAAUUUUUGCUGGGCAAACAUGCGUCUGGAUAAUGGUGUCCACGGACUUACUUCUUUCUGGUAUGGCGAGUCACAUCAGCAUGUUGUUGAGGAUGCUAAAACGCCGUUUGGAAUCCCUCGCUUCGACCGAGAAAACUGACGAUGAAUACUACCACGAGAUUUUAGAAAACAUUAAACUGCACCAACGUCUUAUCACUUAUUGCUACGACUUGGAGGACGCUUUCUCGCUAUCAAAUCUGGUCAAUAUUGUAUUAAGCUCUUUAAAUAUUUGCUGCGUCGUCUUCGUCAUAGUGCUUUUGGAACCGUUUAUGGCAGUCAGCAACAAGUUGUUUUUGGGGUCAGCUCUCAUUCAAAUCGGAAUGUUGUGUUGGUAUGCGGAUGAUAUUUUUCACGCAAACGCAGAUGUAGCGGCGGCUGCUUAUAACAGUGGUUGGUACUGCACGAACGCCAGAUGUCGCCGAGCCUUGCUUUUCCUUAUGCAGAGAGCUCAAAAACCAAUAGCAUUUACGGCGAUGAAAUUCACAAACAUUUCUCUCGUCACAUAUUCUGCUAUACUGACAAGAUCUUAUUCGUACUUCGCACUGCUUUACACCAUGUAUAAUGAAAAUUAAUAUAAGCAUAUGAGUGAAUUAUUUAUUAUUCGUAUAAACUAGUAAAUAUCGUACAUUCUUUAAAUUAUUUAUUUACUAUUUACACACCUUUAGGAAUAUUUCUUAUUUGCUUAUCCUUAUAUACCUACAUAGAGAUAGACAAAAACCUUUGCCUGUCAUUACAUAUCAUAAAAUGAUAUUUCUCCGCCGCGUCCCUCUGAAAGCGAUAAACUUAAAAACAACUGAACAAAUUUGGAUGAAUUUUGGUAACGAGAUAGUUUGAGACCCAGGAAAGGAAGCAGAGGUUAUCCAUCCCGGGAAAAUAUAGGAUAAAAACCUGUGUCCUUUUAUCUCGAAAAAAGCCUUCCCGUGGAUGAAGCCACACGCAAUAACUAAUCUAUUAUAAUUCUUU